AUACAUUAUGUCGUGUGAGGUUAAGACAUAUGGAAAUCUUAAGGAUUUCCACAAAGUACAAGAAUAUUUUGGACUUAAACAUGAUGAUAACUGGUUGAGUGGCAUCAACUAUUCCAUAUCACCGGCAGGUGAAAUGAUUGCCAUGGCAUUGGGUGAAAAAUUGGCUUUGUUAAGCUCCUGUUGGGAUAGUAAACUGCAAACCUCCACAUAUACCCUGAGUUGGUGUGGCGAAUUGGAGGAUCCAAAUCAAAUUGUUACAUCCGUAUUGUGUUUACCGAUGUUUGGUAAAACCGUGAGCUCGGGAGCCGAGUGGACAUGUAUUGUUAUGGGUCUUAGUUCUGGUAUGAUGGUAUUCUAUACCGAUUCGGGUAUCAAAUUAUAUUCACAGAGUUAUCACGAAAGUCCGGUACAAGCCAUUAAGGCCUACACACCUCCACGACAUUCCGAAGCAGAUGCCUUUGUCUAUAUUGUAUACGACCAUUGUGUUUGCAUAUUAAAAGGUUCCGAUUUAAUACCACACCUGAAUAAUUUACGUCACAAUCUCAAUCGUAGUGUGGGUCGUAUGAAUUCCAUUGCUGAGACUGCUGAUUUACUGCCAUUUCAAAAAUUUACAUUUCCCAAUGAGAGGGAGACAAUUAUUAAUGAUGCCAUAAUUGAUGCAACCCAAACGCCCCGAGUCUAUGACAACAUUGUUGAUCAAUGUGUUUCAUUUGGUUAUCAUGCUCGGGUAUCUUCGACCACUAUGAAAAGCUCCACGGUUGUGGGUGUGGGAGCUGAACCAUGUCUGGGUUAUUACAUGGCCGAAGAGGGUUAUAAGGCAAUCUCAAUAGGGGAAGUGGCCAAAGAUGUUAUUGGCAUGGCCUAUCGUAAUAUUAUGGGUAAUCUUUUUGGUCGUCCGGCACCACCACCCACACCCUCUCCAGAGGAACAACCCGCCAUGGGAGCGGGAAAGGAAUUGAAAAUGCGCACAAAAUGUCAAUUUUUUGAUGAAAAACGGGAUGGCAAUACAAUUGUAAUAGCCCCCAAUGGCCGUCUGGCGGCUGUAAUUGAUAGUCUGGAUAGGGUGUUGUUGGUGGAUACACAAAGAUCGGAGAUUAUACGGGUUUGGAAGGGCUACCGUGAGGCUCAGUGUGCCUUUGUACCGGUCAAAGAGAAAACCUUAAAGGGGGUACAGACUUCGAGGAGAAAAACUUUGUUUUUGGUUAUCUAUGCACCACGUUUGGGUUGUCUGGAAAUAUGGCCACUGCAACAUGGACCCAAGGUCGCUGCUUUUACGGUUAGCAAAAAUGGACAAUUGGCCUACAAUACACAUGGUCUGCUGGGCCUCACCCCGGACAGUAAAAACCGUACACAUAUCAGCCCCUGCCUGUUUUUGGAUCCCAGCGAUGCCAGUGUCAAAGAAAUUCAAAUACCCUUUCAUUACGCCCUGAGUACGACCAAUUCGGCCACCUCCAAAGAUAUCCAUCUGCUCAGACGUUUAAAAAAUCUCCUUCGAUCCAGUGAUAACACCAAAUUGGACAUAGAAGAAAUUAGCUCAAUGGCUGCGGAUUUUCAAACCAUUGAAGUGAGACAACAAUGUCUGGAAAUGAUAUUGAAAAGUAAACAAUUACGUGCUCCCAUAUUCCAAAGUAUAAUCAAUGCAUUUGAUUUGACGCUACAACAACAAAUUGAAAAUCCCGAAAAAUAUAACAUCAAGUCACUCGCAGAUUAUAGACAUUUUCAAAUAGUUAUACGUAACUAUAAACGUCUAUGCGUAUUCUAUAUGGAAAUGAAAGUACCACAAAAACGAGAAUAUGUUGAUACCCUGGAAUUGGAUGAAACGGAUUUGGUUAUAAUACAACAAUUGGUAUUGCUGCUAAGUGAAUCGUAUCUGCUAAAACAACAAAUGAAUGAAUUUGGUACUACGGUAAGGGGUGUAACUUUUGGUGCUGAAUUCGAUGAUGUUGGAGAGUUUGUCGAGUUCUUAAACAUUUUUCAAGUUGAUCAGGAAUCUUGUGUACCGCUGCUUAAGGAGAAGUCCAGCAAUUAUGGUGAAGUUAGUUCGAAAUUAUUUAAUCAUUUCUUCACCCAAGGCCUGUGUUUUGAUCAAUUUAAAUUGGCCGCAGAAAAGUCGCUGAUACCAAAUCAAGAUUUAUUGGUUUUGGCUUUGUACUAUUGGCUGGAGAAACCAUUUACCUAUAAAAAUUGUGAUGAAGUCAUUGCCGAUAUGUCCCGUUUGGCCGAAAUGAUUAAAGCCAUUUGCCAAUUGGCCGGGGAUGUUGUCAACAAUUAUGCCUACAAUGCCAUUUCACCCUGGUGGCAAUAUGUUCGAGAAUUGCUAUUGGAUAGUCCCAAAUCGUUGGGUUUACUUGUGGCUAUUGUCUGCAAAACUGUGGCCGUAUCCCUGAGAAGAGAAUUUAAAGAGGGUUCCUGUGAUGAAAGUCCCCAACAAGAAGAUGAUAAUUUUGAACGUAUAUCUCACGACGAAGCUCAAUGGGGUCUAUUAAUUGGCAAACUGGAAGAUAUUGCAGUAUUGGGGGCGAUUUUAGAAUACCCCAUAAUAAGUCUGGAACCAAUAAUGCCUGAAAUACCCUACGAACAACCCGAUUGUAGUUUAAAAGCUAUUGUGAGUGGUGGCAAGGGCAUCGUUACCGAUCUAACUGCAAAAUGGUUAAUAAACACCCGAAUACAUCCAUCGAAAAUUGUAGAGAUUGAUAAAGCUGAAAUAGUACAAGAAAAUAACGGUGAUUUGAAUGCCACAAAAACAUCUGCGCUUUAUGAAGAUUCCGGUGAUGCUUUGGAUGCUGUACUCAUGAAGUUAUCUCUGCUGAGAAAACAUUUCCCCUUCAGUUUAGAGUCUGGGUCUUUGUUAAGUCUUCUGACAUGGCAUUAUUUAAUUUAUUGGAGUAAAAAUCUAACAAGCCUCGAACAUUUUCGUGCUGCCAUCGAAUGUUUGAAACAAUUUCGCACAACCGAUUUGGCUUUAAAACAUGGCACGGCUUGUAUGCUAUGGCAGGCGGCCAUAAAAUAUCCACUACAAAGUACAGCAAAGCUAAUACAUAAAGUUGGUCGCCUGCCCAAGGAUAAAUUGUGUCAACAGGAUAUUGAAAUGUCGGCCGCAUGUGUACCGGAAUUCUUAGAAUUGUGUCUGGAAUUUCUGGAACAUUUAAACGAAUCGUUAGAGCAUCAAUCAUAUGAUUUGAAAUUUGAGGUAUCAUUGGCUGAGGGUCAGACACCAUUGCAAUUUUUGGCGCUGCAGCAACAUCAUGCCAUUAAGGAGCAACUGAAACUACACUAUGAGCUGUGUACGGUAUUACAUUUCAUUGCCUUUUUCCAGCUGCGAAUAUCCAAGCCGCUGCAAUUGCUGUUCGAUGCCAUGAGCAAUAAGGCAUUCUUUGGUGAUAUCAAUAAGGAAUUGAAUUUUGUUCUACCGCCAGCCGAUAUGGUUUUACAACAACAUCGCACCGAAUUUCUGUGUAAAGUUGUAACAGCCUCCAUGGAUUUGAUAAGAGAAGAUUUGGAACAGUUGUUUGUGGCCGAACAUAUUCAAUAUAUGGAGAAGAUAUUCAAAUUAGCUGAUAGUUGGGGUCUAGAUCGCAAAGCUUUAAGAAGGCGACAGAUUGUUGAUCUCUAUGCCCACGGGUUUGAUGCCAAUGCAGAGUUAUUACUCAAUGACAUUGCCGAAGAUGAAUUCAUUGGUAGAAUGUUACUUGAAAUUGCUGGUCGUCGUCUACAUUUAUAUUCCAAUAAAUCUCAAGGGACAUUUUUACAAAUUGCCUCGGUUGGCCAACAGCUGUUGAGUUAUUUAGAUAAUCUUAAUGAUACAAGUGGUGAUUAUGAUUUACAAAUUACCGCUUCGGAACCACAUGACAUACAUCUGAAUGCCUUAAUUAAAUUGGUACAUACUGCCAUGAAAUAUAUACCGGGAAAGGAAUCAGCAUAUUUACGUAUUGGAGCACAAAUGUACGAUGCCUGUACUUUAUUGCAAGAAUAA